AACUUGUGAAGAACAUUUGCAUUUAUUUGACAAUUCAGUUAAAGCCCGUGACAUUUACAUUUACUAACUACUAUUUGAAGAGAAGUGUUUGUGCGAAAAAAAGUGAGAAUAAAUGGGAAAAUUUUAAUUUAAUUAAAACAAAGUAAAUGAAUUAAUCAAAAUGAUAAAGUAAAAUAACUAUUCAUCACUUGAUUUGUAUUUAUACGGGAAUAAAAUGUAAUGAAAUUAGAAUUAAUUAAUAAUUCGAUUCAUUUUUUGUAAAUUGCCAAAAUAUACAAACCUAUUUGUUAUCUGUUUAUAAGAAUAAUAUAUGCUUAUACAAAUUUUCACCUAUCGAAGUUGUUUAAUCAAUCAACUGCGUCUUAAUACCUUUUAAUGCAAUGGGUGGUGUGUGGUGCCGUAACAUACGUCAUCCAAAUGUUUAUAAUGAUAAUAGUGAAAUGCUUGAGAUAGUUUAAAUAUUGUCAAAACGCAUACAUACAUACAUAAUAACAAGGAAAUCAAGUGAACCGGAAAACCAAAAUACUUUUAAACUAUCACUAUUUACUAUCUUCAACAUGGAUAGUUCUAUGUUUUUGGCCGCUUUACAUGGCGAUACGGCUUUAUAUGCAAAUUUUCCCGAUGCAGAUGGCACCGAAAUCUCUGCUGCUACUCCAACUGAUUCCAAAAUUACCUCUGCAAUGAAAGAAGUAACUUUAACACCGUUAAACACUAUAACCUCAACUGUAAAAGCUUUAAUGAGUACAACAACAACAAUAGCUACCAGUACUAUAGAACCGGAACAUGACACAACGAUUUCAAUGAACAAUUUCUAUCCAGCAUUAGUACAAUGCUUUGGCAUCAUUAUCUGCGGAUAUAUUGCGGGCCGUUUCAAAAUAAUAUCGAAUGCUGAAACGAAAGGUCUUGGGACGUUUGUGGGUACAUUUGCUUUGCCGUCCUUGAUCUUUCUCUCGUUGGUGGAAUUGAAUUGGAGCGCAGUUAAUUGGACUUUUCUAUUGGCGAUGCUUAUUUCCAAAGCUGUAGUAUUUUUUGUGGUUUUAAUUAUUUCCCUUUGUGUCGCAAGACCAUUAAAUUAUGCGCGGGCCGGUCUCUUGGGUAUCUUUUGUACACAAAGCAAUGAUUUUGCCAUAGGAUAUCCAAUAGUAAUGGCAUUAUACAAGACUAUACAUCCGGAAUACGCUUCUUAUUUGUAUUUGAUGGCACCAAUUUCUUUGGCCAUUUUAAAUCCUAUUGGUUUAAUAUUAAUGGAAAUUGAUAAAAUUGUUAAGAACAAAAAUGAAGUGGCUCAACAUCCACCACUUUGCCCGGACACUUGCCCCGCUGAGCAGCUGGCCAAGCGAACACGUUGCUUGAAUGAACGAGCUUUAUUAAUUUUUACUACUAUUAAGUCCUUGUUUUUUAAUCCUUUAUUGAUGAUGACCCUAUUGGGCACAGCGGGAGCUUUUAUAUUUCCUAAUGGCCUACCGGAAAUAGUAGCCAGUGUUUUGCGAGUCUUUGGGCAAUCGUUUUCCGCUACCGCUUUAUUUUUACUGGGUUUAAAGAUUGUCGGUCAAGGCAAUACGCUAAAAGGUUCAGAAUUUCUUUUACCCAGUAUCUUGAUACUCGUCAAAAUUUUAGCUUUACCAUUGGUGUGCCGCCAGACUGUGAAUAUCAUGCAAGCGGGCACUAACUUUAAUGACACCACCGAGCUAAGUACUUUCGGUUUCCUUUAUGGCACCUUCCCGGCAGCGCCUGGAGCAUUUGUUAUAGCUACCCAAUAUAACGUCGAAGUCGAGUUGAUUGCCAAAAGUUUGGUUUUAUGUACGUUCAUUUCUGCACCUUUAAUGUUUAUUUCGGCCAAAAUGAUAUCCUUAACCAACUUAAAUCCUGUUGAUUAUUUACACGAAUUGGAUGUGUUUUCGUUUGAUAUUAGCGUAGCUGGUGUGGCCGCUUGCUUCUGGAUGUUAUUAUUGUUAAUAGUAACGAAACGCUGUCGACGUAUGCCGCAUCGCGUUACCUUCUGUCUAGUAUUAUCGCAGUUAAUGUGCUGUCUGGGUGUUAUACUAUGGUCGAAAUUGGAACAUGUAGAGAAAUGGUCUCUAUACGUACAGUUCCUUCUAUUCAAUAUUGGCACCUAUAGCAGUCGUUUAUGGACUGGCAUGCUGGCUAUAUGUCUAUUAUUCUUGCAGUGCCGUAGUUUGUGUUUUGUUUUAAAACUUUGGCCUUACAUGUUAGCUUUUGCUUGGGGUAUUCCAAUUCUUAUCUCGGUUUUAUUGGUGGCAUUCGAUGGUAAUGUCAUGUCUGGAGAAAAGCACAAUCCCAGCUUCCAGUACGGCAUUGCUCAGGCUGCAAUAUCAGUAUUUAUGCUAGUCAUGUGUUUUAUAGUAACUGUUGGUUGUUUGGUUAUGCAUCAGCGUUAUAAGAAACGUUAUGAAAAAUACUUAAUAUACACACGUGAACUAUCUAAUCCAGACUCAGAACCCUCUGAUAUACAAUCUACUAUAUCGACGACAAAUUUACUUUCGAACUCAAAUGCAAAUAUUCAUCAGAGACAUCGUCAUAUGUCCUGUUCAUCUUCCGAUGACGAUGACGUUAUAUUACCAAAUAAUCAUGUUACGGCAAAUAAUCGUAUCGCUAUACAAAAUGGUUGUGGUAAUGGUACAUGUUGUUCGAUGGGAUCUACUACAACCAGCCCCACCACCACUACUACCACCGUAGUAGUAGAUAUUGAGGAUAUUCUUAAUAAACGUAAUUUGGAAAAUAAUAAAAAAGAUUCUUCAAAUACGUCCACAUCCGAACAAUUUGAGGAACCCAAUUUGGGUGUGCGCUCCAAUAUAUGUAGUGCGGCUUUUAAUUGCGGUGCCAGUACAUCGCAAAACUGUCGCACACUUGUUGAACGUUACGAAGAACACAUGCAACAAGGUCUUGAGCCUUUAGAACACACAACUGACGGCGAUGAGCAUGAAACUCUAAAGCAUACUGCACUUCUGAUCAUUUUGCUUUGCUCAAUGUUUGUGGGUUUAGCAGUUUCCAUUUGGACUUUAGUAAUGGAAGGAAUGUCAGGCAUAUACUUGGAAUUGAGUUUUUUGGAUGCUUUCUUAAAUUUUGGCCAAAGUUUAAUUGUAAUGGCCGUCUUCAUUACGGACACAAGCGAGCUAUUAACACCCUUAGUGAAGUUGUGGCGCAAAUUAUGGUAUGGAGCAAACGUCUUAAGCUUGCCACAUUGGUCGCAGCUUAGCAUGGAAACUAAACAUAUUUGCGAACAAUUCCGAAAUCAUCAUUUGGAGCUUUGCAAAAAGGAAAUUGCUAAGGAUAGAAGAUGGCGUAUUAAAAUUUAUCGGAAAGUGUUUUAUGGUUGUGAAUUUGUCGAUUGGUUAAUUGAGAUGGGUCUCUCUAAGGAUCGUUUAGAGGCGGUACACUAUGCGAAACGUUUGGUCGAUGGCCGUGUCUUACGUCAUAUCAACAACGUUUAUCAUUUUGAAGACAAGCAAUUGCUUUACUGCUUCUGUAGUCGAAUGUAAAAUGAGUAAUUUAAGUUUAUUUUAUUUGUAUUUUAUAUAAUUUUCACCAAAUUAGUUAAAUUUUAAAAAGCUGUGAUUUUCUCUAGAAAAUUUUUAUAUAUAGUUUCUAAACUGAACACUAUUAACAGCCAUGAAUAGUGUUUAGUUUUUAAAUUAACAUCAAUCAACAAUAUCAGUUCAAAUAGCAUCAGAUCAGAUUAAUAAGAGUUUACAAUGCUAUUUGAAGUUAGAUUUGCUCAGGUUUGUUUCAGUUAUUGAUAAAGAGCUCAAUUUCAUGUAACUAGUCGCAAAAUGUUAUUCUCACCAUAACGGAUACGUUAAAUUUGCGAAAUCUUUGCAACAUGUAGUGUCAUGUCUGUCCGUCCAUCCGUCCGUUAAAAUAAUAGAGUAAACUCAUCAAGUUGAGUUUGAAAAAUCGAAAAAAAAAAAAAAAACAAAUUUGUCGAUGAACAGAGGCUGACAAUUAAUUACUAAGAAAAAAGUUUCUCUUCUUGAUGUUAAUCUAUCAAAACUUUAGUCCAAAGAAGUUGGUCAAAUUAGGUCAAGGUUUUGCCGGGGCUUGCUAGAAUGCCGCCCACAUAAACAACACAUGAUAUACAUGAUCAAUUAAUCGAGGAAUUAAUUUUCGCUCAUGAAAUGCCGCACGCGACCCUAGUGGUGAGUUAUAGAAGGUUCGGUCCAAGCCGAAUGAAACUUUUUGUUUUAUUUUCUUCUUUUUUUUUUUUGUGUUAAGAUAAAGAGUUUAGUUUAGUAAAGUUGUGUGCAAAGUAAAAUAACCACCAUUGUCACCACCACCACCGCCAGCCAGCCGUAAGUAAGUUUAUAUAUAUAUAUAUAUAUAUAUAUGUAUCUGAAGAAGUUUACGCUUCACAAAUUGAGUAAGCCGAAGUGCAAUGUAUCAUUUUCUUGUCACGGUUUUUUAUUUUGUUUUAAAAUUUGUGUAAAAUUUUAUUUAUUCCCCGAGUUACACGGUGAUGCCUUUUGAACGUAGAUAUCAGAAGAAAGUAAUUUAAAUAAUGAUAAGAAGCUGUGCUUUUGCUGUUAUUUGUAAAUAAUAUUUACAAACGAGACAUGAAUGUAUAAAGAAUUAAAUACUACUUUAGGGAAUGUUAGAUAUAUUAAGCAUAAACAAAGAUAAACUAUGAAUUAAGUGUAGAAUAUAUUUUAAAAGCGCCUUUAG